AUGACAAAGCAGGAGUAUGGCUGGGAAACUGAUUGCGUGAAAAGUAGGUGCUUAUCCUUGGCACCUGCCUUACUCAUCACAUCCCCGAGAUACCAACCCCACCCAAACCCCAAGUCAUACAGUACACCCACGCCCACCAAUACCCACCACACUCCAGCGACACACAGCUCACCCACACCCACCACCACCCACCACACUCCAGCGACACACAGCACUCCCACACCCACCACCACCCACAACAUUCCAGCGAAACACAGCACACAGACGCCCACCAAUACCCACCACACUCCAGCGACACACAGCACACCCACACCCACUAGCGCCCAUCACACUCCAGCGACACACAACACACCCACGCAUAUUCCAGCAGCACACAGCACACGGCCACUCCUACUAACACGCAUCAUCCCUAGAAACCCAGCCUAUGACGCUCACCACACCUAUUAA